CCAGUUUUGCCCGCCUGGUCACGUGAUCGCGUGUCACAUGACCGUGCUUCCGAUAAGGAGCGGGGCUUCAGCCGCCUCCCGAGGAUUUCCUCCGAGAGAGGGGAUGCGGUCGGUUGGGUGUCCCUGGUCGUCCUGAGCGCGGCGGUUCCUUCGACCUGCCAAGGAUGCGGCUUUGGUCUUUGCUGUGGCUGCUGGGCUGCAGAGCGGCUGCUUGGUGGAGCGACGAUUACUCGCUGGAUGAUGCCGUCGGGCUGGGGCGGCAGUUGGAUGGCAUCGGAGCCAUUAGCGGCGGCGGGGCUACCUCACGUCUUUUAGUGAAUUAUCCAGAGCCUUAUCGAUCUCAGAUUUUAGAUUAUCUUUUUAAGCCAAAUUUUGGUGCCUCCUUACAGCUCCUCAAAGUAGAGAUUGGUGGUGAUGCACAGACUACAGAUGGCACUGAACCCUCCCACAUGCAUUAUGAAAAUGAUGAAAAUUAUUUCCGUGGCUAUGAAUGGUGGCUGAUGAAAGAAGCUAAAAAGAGAAAUCCUUCCAUUAAAUUGAUUGGCUUGCCCUGGGCUUUUCCAGGAUGGAUUGGGAGGGGUAUGAGUUGGCCUUAUGCCUACCCGGAUGUCACUGCAUAUUAUAUCAUCUCCUGGAUUAUAGGAGCUAAAAAAUAUCAUGAUUUGGACAUUGACUACAUUGGGAUUUGGAAUGAACGACCUUUUAACAGUACAUAUAUCAAGAUUUUAAGGUACGCUUUGGAUAAGCAAGACCUUCAGCGAGUGCAGAUCAUAGCCAGCGAUGACCUAUGGGAACCAAUAUCCUUUUUCAUGCUCACUGACUCUGAGCUCCAUGAAGCAGUCAGUAUUAUUGGGGCUCACUAUCCAGGGACAGAAACAGUGAAAGCUGCUCAAUUAACUCUAAAGAAACUCUGGUCUUCUGAGGACUACAGUACCUUCAACAAUGAAGUGGGUUCUGGUUGCUGGGCUCGAAUCCUGAAUCAAAAUUAUGUAAAUGGGAACAUGACUGCCACUCUUGCUUGGAAUUUGGUGGCUAGUUACUAUGAAGAAUUACCCUUUGGAAGGUGUGGUUUAAUGACAGCACAAGAACCAUGGAGUGGACAUUACUCUGUGAAUUCUCCUAUAUGGGUCACAGCACAUACAACACAGUUCACCCAACCAGGCUGGUAUUACCUGAAAGUAGAUGGGCAUCUGAAAAAAGGUGGAAGCUUUGUGGCUCUGACUGAUGGGCUAGGCAAUCUGACCGUCAUCAUUGAAACAAUGACUCGUAACCACUCAAAGUGCAUCAGGCCACCACUUCCUCCCUAUGUUGUGUCACCCCAAAAGGCAGUUUUCCACUUGAAGGGAUCCUUUAGCAAGCUGAAAUCUCUUCAGAUGUGGUAUUCCAAGCUUGAUUUUUCUACUGCCAACUCCACAUUAUUUCAGUCACUUGGCCCUAAAAAUAUCUCUGAAGGAAUAUUGGCGCUAAAUUUGGGCUUGGAUGAAAUCUAUACUUUGACAACUCUAACAACUGGCCAUAAAGGUUCUUCCUCAGAACCUCCUCCUUCUCAACCUUUUCCGUCCAUUUACAAAGAUGAUUUCAACAUCCGCAACCCACCUUUCAGCGAAGCACCAUACUUUGCUGAUCAAACAGGAGUGUUUGAAUAUUUUAUUAAUGCUUCUGAUCCAGGGGACCAUGUCUUCACACUCCGACAAGUGGUGACUCAGAGACCUGUAACCUGGGCUCUAGAUGCAACGAACACAAUCAGCAUUAUAGGCAAUUAUAAGUGGAUAAAUUUCAUAAUAACCUGUGAUAUUUAUAUAGAAUCAAAUAAAGGAGGAGCAUUCAUUGCAGGAAGAAUUAGCAAAGGUGGCAUAUAUGUUCCAUCUGCCCAAGGAAUUUUCUUCUGGGUUUUUCCUGAUGGCACAUAUCGAGUCACAAGAGAUCUCGCUGGCGUUGAUAUCUUGAUGAAAGGGUUAUCUGGUGUGCGAGCAAACAGAUGGCAUACACUCACUCUGAUUCUGAAGGGAUCCAAUAUCUCUGGCAUGUUGAAUGGCUAUCCUUUGUGGGAGAACAUCACCACACACAGUCCAGAGAAUGGCUGGGCAGCUAUUGGGACCCAUUCUUUUGAACUGACACAAUUUGAUAAUUUUCACGUUGAGGCCAGCUGAGGUUUCCAUCAUAUAUUGUCAAUUCUGAGUGUGCCCAGACAAACCUUAAUUUAAUAGUUAAUUAUGCUACUGGAGAUUUUUUGAUCAUUUCCUGCUAAUAUUAAUAUACAUUCAAUGUUCUUCUGACAAUAAAUUGCUUCUUUCCCUUCUUAAAAUCAGAUCUUUGUUAAAACAUUUUUGUGCAAGCUAUAAAUGGAAAUGCAAUCAUAUGGAAUGCCUCAUUUGUUAUGAAGCAUGGAAUGAUGGAAUAAGGAUUUUAGUGGAUUUAUAUGUUUUCUACUAGGACAUGAGAUUUUACUCCUAGUUUUCUAAUGUCUUAAUACACUUAUCUAGUUAUAAUGAAGAAAAAAAAUAGCCAGUUUACGACUGGCUGGCUUAUCUGUGAAAUGCCUUAUUUUAAACUACCUCUUGUUGAUAACAGCAUAGCAAAUAUAUUGAAAAUGCCUAUUACUAAUCUUACGUUGGUAACCCAAUAACCCAGAUAGCUUUAUAGUUUUCUUCUUUGUUUUUGACUAGAUACAUUGAAGGAGAAAAAAGUGUAGAGUUGGUCCUUAGUGAAGUUCAAAAUUAUGAUGGACCUCCCAAGAGCUAUUUACAACUUGUACUUGCAGCUCUGAUGGCUGCACCAUCUCCAAAAUGUGUCACAUAAUCACAUUUUGGGGUCUUGACAACUGGCUUGAAUUUAUGGCUGUUUUCAGCAUUUGGUGGUCACGUGACCAUGAUUUUUGGUAUUUUUUGCUGGUUUCUGGCUUUUACUUCUGAUUUCUGACAAAAAACAUCUAUUGGUGAAAGCAGAUUUGCUUAAUAACCGUGGCAUUUAUUUAACAACUGACACAAAGAAGGAUGUAAAAUUGGGCACUGUCACAUGGUCAUCCGAUUAACAACUACCAUGACUUACUACCAUGAAUCCAGGCUCAUUUAUGUUGUAAGUCAAGGACUACCUGUGGGUGAUGAAAAUUCACGAGACCUUGUUUUACCUCUUGUCUGCAGGCCAGCAUCCAUAUGAAAGUACUAUUGCAAAAGGACAUUACAAGCAGUUAAAUUGUGAAAUUUAUAACCCAAAGAGUUACACAAGCAUCAGUAUCUGUGGAUGAUGUACAUAGCAAGGCCCUAACUUUCAUGAAUAAGAAGGCAUGCAUAAAAACAAUAGUUCACAUACAUUAGCUUGCAAAUGCCAAUGUUCCUUUAUGCUUUUUGGUGAAAUUUAAUAUUGAAGGGUAAAAUAAUUUGCUUAUUUAUUGAUCUUUUAUUAGUUAACUAGUUUCAGUUUAUUUUAUUACUUAGUAUUCUGAAGUGUACAGGGUAGGUGCCAAAUACAAAAUAAUGAAGAAUAAAACUAAUACAAACUGGCAAUUUAUAGGGCAGAGCAGAUAGCUCUCUAUGAGAAUGUACUAAGUUGUCCUGAAUAUAUAAUUGCAAAGGUAUACUGAAUAAUUAUAGUUGGGAAAAAUAUUAACACAGAAUUCUAAAACUGCUCAACAGAAGUCUAUAAGGUUCUGAUCAACAUCUGAUCAGUUGUUGUUCAUAAUUUGACAAAUGAAGCUGAGAGAUAAAUAGUCUAUAUAAGACAAGUUAUGCCAGAAAGGGUUGUGGUUGUGGAUUUGUUUUCUUUGUUUGUUACUAUUGAUAAUCAGAAAGAUUUGCAGUGCUGUAGCAAAUUAUAUAGAUUGUACACCUGAAUCUUGUUUUACGUUUUCUCACCUUUUAUCUACCAUUGAAGAAACACUAAUAUGUUCCUGUUUCUGCUAGCGUUAUGGAUUGCUGGCUUUAUAGAAAGAAUAGGUAUCUUCUUAAAACUGUGCCCCUUUAUAAAAAAUAGUUCAAUUUUGUGUCUCUUUUCAUUUAAUUCUAGGCAAUGUCAUGACAUUCAGUAAAACUAACUGGAUAUGCUACUUUGAAAGUUGAUUCUGACUAAAUUGUGUUUAUACUCUAGAUAGCAUUACAAAAUAUCUUUGUUAAGUGACACACAGAUAUAUUUCUCUUCUAGUUCAAAGAGACUUCUGAGACAAGAUAUUACAGUUGAUAAUGUAUUGGUUUACAGAACAGAAUUAUGAUUGUUUGUCUGUUCCAGACAUGAUUAAACCACAAGCCCCCAAUUAAACAUAUUUUUUUCUAUCUUGACCAAAACAAUUGUUUACUAGCCAGGAUAUUGAAUUAAAUUUCAAACUUGAACAGUUUAGUUUGUUUGUAAGUUGUUGAUUACCAGUUAGGCAAAGACAAAAUUCUAGUUAUUGAAAGUUCCUGGGAUGAGUGAAAUGCUUGUUUAUGGCUUAGCUUAAGACAAAAGAUGAUCAGAUUGGCCAAUGGUACAUAUAUACUUGCAUGCAGUUAAUAAACUAAUAAUAAUAUAUAUGCUUGUCUGUUUUAUUAGUUGGAUAUUGUUUGGUAUCAAAAUUAAACACAUAUUUUUAAAAGGAAAAGUUUUUUUUUUGAAUUAGAGAUCAAAAAAAGUAACUUUCCCCAUUAAAGACUAAUGGCUUAGCAACUAAAUAAAUUUUGAUAUCUUAUAUUGGCCAGGUGUUCAAAACUGGAGGUUGAAAUGAUGUCUACUUUCUUUUCCUUUGUAGUGUGGGAAUAUAAAGGAUAGACUACACAGGAUUUGUUUUUUGUUUGUUGUCAUUUUUUCCCCAAAUAGACUUUAAAGUUCUAGAUGAAGUAAUUCAUACCAUCAGAGCAGACAGGGUCAAAAUGUUUGGCUUUUUUGUUUCGUUCUACAUGUUAGAACGAAGCCCAAGAAAAUGGGUUUCUUAAAUUUUUGUCCCUUAGUACCCCCUCAGUCUGAGGAUGGAUUUAAGAUUGAAGCAAAUGCCUUAAAGUUAUUAAGUUAAUGAAUACUAUAAGGCUGCAAAUUUAAGAUUUCUAUUUUGCUUUCUGAGGAUUGCAGAAAAAUUACUAAGGGCACAUGACAUCCUUUGCAUAUAGUUAUCUCCCCCAACCACUUCAUUCUGGGAAUUUAUGCAUUCCAAGCAGUUUGAACACUAGUUGGCAAAGACUAAUUCAGGGAUAAGCAUGCUUACCUGCCUUUAUUACAAAGGCUUUAAUAUUUAUGCACUACAUUAAUGGUUCUGGUUUUGCAUUGUGCACUAAAAUUGUGCAAAAUCAAUUCUUGUUAAUUUAUGAAAUUACAGAUGUUUAUCAUAAAAUUGGCUUGUUUAAUUAAGAAACUGCUUUGAUGUUUCAACAAUAGUUUGAUGUAUGUGAUUGAUUAUUGCAAUUCGUAAUGUUUCAAACAAAGAAUAAAUGUCAUUUAAAUCUUU